AUGGCGAGAGAAAAGGAUAAGCGCGUGCGACGUGACUCUGCAGUCGACUCCAGCGAAGAUAGCGAAAGCGAGGAGCGCGCCAGGCGGAGGCACGAGAAGCGGCGGAGGCGCGAUGGUGACACGAGGUCGUCAAAGGAUAAAGACGUAUUGAAGGAGUCGAAGGGUGAAGGGCGUAGGAGAAAGGAAGGGCGGGAAGACAAGGACGAUUCGGAGGAACGAGAGGGGAGACAAACGGAGAAGAGAGAUUCGAGGAGGCGAGACGAGGCGGAGGGAGAGCGGGAGGAGCGAGAGGAGAAGAGGGGGCAACGAGAGGAAAUCCAAUUGAAUGUGCACCCUGGUUUCCUCCUCGACUCUGCUCGCUAUACUCCACCUACCCCCCUCGUCCCUGCUCACCCCUCUCUCCACUCCACCUCACACUGCACACUCCCCUCUCGCACCUGUCUUCACUCUUCUCUGCCCCCCUCUGCCCCCCUCUGCCCCCCUCUGCCCCCCUCUGCCCCCCUCUGCCCCCUCUGCCCCCUUUGCCCCCCUCUGCCCCCCUCUGCCCCCUCUGCCCCCUCUGCCCCCUUUGCCCCCCUCUGGCCCCCUCUGUCCACCUCUUUCCCGUCAUCCCACACCCCUUCUGUCGUCCCGUGUCCCCGUCGAUUACUUCUCUUUUCCUCCUCCAGGUGCCUCAGAUCUCCAAUGCAGACUACUUCACCCACAAAACAACCCCGAGUUUCCACCGAGCUGCACUACUCCAGACGCCUCUUCUUCUCCUCAAAACAGCCCUCACACCCUCUUUCCCUCGUUCCCGCACCCCUUCUGUCCACUUCUGUCCCUCUCUGUCCUCUUCCCCUCUCUGUCCUCUUCCCCUCUCUGUCCUCUUCCCCUCUCUUCUUCCACUCUCUGUCCUCUUCCCUUCUCCUCCAGGUGCUCCAAAUCUCCGACACAGACUAUUUCGCACGCAACCCCGAGUUCUCCACGUGGCUGGUGCAAGCCAAGCGCCUCUUCUUCUCCUCGCUCACCUCAGAGCAGACCCACGACCUCUUCUCCCUCUUUGUGCGCACGUGGAACGCCGGGAAGCUCCCCCCCAACUACUAUGACGGCUCAAUCACUGCUGCUGCUGUUCCUCGCUCCAACCACGACUGGAGGCUUGGAGGACGGGCAGGGGGAGCAGGGGGAGCGGGGGGGGCGGGGGGAGCAGGCGCGGGGGGAGUGGGGGGAGCUGGGGGGUCAGGGGGGGCGGGGGGAGUGGGGGUGUGUGGAAUGGUUCCCUGGGGCGCUGGGGGAGCUAGUGGGGGGAGAGGAGGGCGAGGAGGGUUGGAAGGGGAGGAUGAGGAGGAGAGCAGGGCGGAGAGGAAAGCGAGGGAGAGGAUGGAGAGGAAGCGGGAGAGGGAGCGGCAGGCGAUGCGACUUGAGGAGGUGGUUCCGAGGGAGACGGGGCGCGAGGCGGUGAUUGCUGAAAGAAUGGCGCGACGCAGAGAGAGUGCGAGGGAGAGGGAGCAGAGUCCUGAGAUGGGGAUGAGGGAGAAGGAUGUUAUGGGCGGGGGGGAUGACUUCCAAGCCAGGCUGGCCCGGGAGAAGGCGCGCAGGGAGCAGCGGGCAGCGGCCAAGGAAGGCGGGUUGAGGGAGAGAGUGGCGAGCUAUGAGGCGAGCGAGCGGGGCAAGAUGGAGCAGCUGAAGGCCAUGAUUGCCAUGGCUGGCGGGCGCAUCACCAUUGCCAAGAGGGCAGACCCUGCUGCUCCUCCUUAG